AUGCUGAACUCCAACCUCGAGAAGGGGCAAUACACUCCCACGCUUCAAGAGCUAACCGGCGACGCGCUCUUGCUGCUAAUGGCCGGGACAGACAGCACUGCACAUACGCUCGUUACCGCUACAUAUGCCAUGUUGACGCAUCCAGAGAUGUUGCAGGCUCUCGUGACUGAGUUGAAAGAGGCGAUUCCAAAGAGAGACAGCGUAGCAGAGUGGGCGGCUCUAGAGAAGCUGCCAUACCUGCGCGCAGUGGUCAAGGAAUCUCUCCGCUACGUAUCUGGAUCUCCGGGUCGACUGCCUCGGACUGUCCCAUCAACAGGCGCUGUAUUUUGCGGACGGCCGAUACCGCCAGGGACUAUUAUUAUAAGCGGUGCUUACGUGCACCAUCGCAACCCGGAGGCAUUUGAGGAUCCGGAUAUGUUCCGGCCGGAGCGCUGGCUGCAGGGUACUGUUGUAAGUUUCAGUCUGGCCUCUUUCACGAGACACUGCAUCGAGUCUCCUGAAAAGCAUGAUUCGAGCGGCAGGACUUACUUUACUAGUCUGGCAUAUUGCGAGCUCUAUCUCACACUCGCGCAUCUUUUUCGAAAAUUCAAUCUCGAAUUGUAUCAGACUACGCCCGCGGACAUGGAAUGGAAGGACUGCACUGUAUUUAGAAUGAUGGGACAUCGGAAAGUCUUGGUCAAGGAGGCGAGAGAUUGA